AUGAUCGUCCAAGCAACCCCGACACAAGAGCACGAGAACCGGAAGAAGCAGAAGAAGUUUGAAGCAAACCUUGAAACAAACUUGGAGCCUUCGGGGAUAGAGGAUUCAGAUACCUUGGAGCGUAAGAAGCAGCAGGAGCGCAAGGAGAGCAAGUAUCUCCAGAAGCUCAAGAAGCAGAAGAAGAAAAUAGCUGAAUUAAGAAAUCUUCUAAAGGAGAAAACCGAAAUUAUCAAAAAAUUAGAGAAGAAGACAGAUGUACCGGAGAUUUCAUUGAAGGAGAAAGAAACGCCAAAUAAGGAGUGCGUUUUCGAAUGUAAAGAUGCAUCUUUGAAGAAGAACCCGCAGACCAUUCUCGUAAAGGGAUUCAACUGUUCCUUUCCUCGGGAUGAAAUCAAGAGCGCAUUGAGAAAGCACUUUAGUUCUUGUGGACCGGUCACUGCGAUUUUUAUUCCCUUUCAUUGUAAAACCGGUCGUCCCAUGGGAUAUGCUUUCAUUAACAUGGGACAAGAGGCAGAAAAGGCAUUAAAACUCAAUAGAAGUUGCUUGGAAGGGCAGAUUCUUUCUGUUUCGAUGGCAAUAAAGAGUGAAGAAUACGGUGGCUAUAGAGAUCUUCAUGGUUGUGAACGUUGUCACAAAGCUCAUAUGAAGCGCGUAAUUCAAGGCUUCCAUGAUAGUUUGAGAUUUCGACCCCCCUCGGAUGUCCGCAAGUCACUUUUCCCUCGCAAGUCCGCCGCAAAGGGAAUAGCCAACAUCCACGGCUAAUAGUGGUUGUUUUACCGUUGGUGCUACUCGUUUACCGACCAGCUACAUCAUACUUGUAUAAAUUUCGUGACUUGGUAUUAUGGUUGGAUUGUUUAUGCCUAAAAUAAAUGAUGAAACUUUAUUUAAGAAACUAUGUCUUUAAUCAUUUUUAUUCGAAAUACUUUCAGUU